AAUCUGCCAUUCCUCAGUCCUCAGUCCUCACACUCAUACAAACUCCUAAUACAACUCCUAAUAAGUCCUACCAUUCUCACUCAGACCAUAUCACAAACACCUUCACGACAACCCAUCAAAACCUCUUGCACAAUACAAAUCACCAUGGCUAGAUCUCAACAACGAUACAGAGGAGUUCGACAAAGACAUUGGGGAUCUUGGGUCUCCGAAAUUCGCCACCCUAUCCUGAAGACAAGAAUCUGGCUAGGGACAUUCGAGACAGCAGAGGAUGCAGCAAGAGCAUACGACGAAGCGGCUAGGUUCAUGUGUGGUACAAGAGCGCGAACAAACUUCGAAGGUUCGCAGUCAUCUUCUUCAAAGCUACUGUCUGCAACUUUAAGAGCAAAAUUACAUAAAUGCCACAUGACAUCUCUUGCAAUGACGAAGAAAACAGAAGUGAGUAACCAAGAAGAUCAACAGACUCAUCAGCGGUCUCCCUGCUCUGAUACAGGGGACGAGUUCAUGGAGAACAGGGGCAAUUUCGGGAAUAUUGUGAAUUGGGAGGGUCAAAUGGAGAAUAUGCAACAGUACAAGUCUUCUGAAGAUGAGCAUAUAGAGCAAAUGAUCCAGGAGUUACUUGAUUAUGGAACAAUCGAGUUUUGUUCUGUUGUGCAAAACUAAACGAAUAUCUUUCUUUUAGUCUACAAAAUGACACCGUUCAUGCACACUUAUUAUUAAAUACUGUGCUGGGAAAUACCGAGCGAC